CGAUCUUCGCUCCGGCCGAGCGAGCCAUCGAACGUGCGCGAGCGUCGGUCGGUCUCAAUCACAAUUCCAGAUUAGAAUUCAAUUAAAAUUAAAAAAAGUUCGUUAAUUUACUUGUGCUGAAUUUUAGUGAUGUUGUGCGAAAAAUACUGGUAAAGAGAUAUGACUAAUUUGGAAUAAAAACAAUUGCAUUCUGUAAAAACACAUGGGUACAAGAUGACAAGAAAAUUCCUCUUCUGUUUCCCCCUCAGGGUGGGAAACGUGGUCUUCGGCUAUUUCAUAUUAGUAAUAACAAUAGCAGUAAUGGCUUACAAUUUAUACCAGCUUGGCCUUAGCAUCAAUUCACCUGAAAAAGUAGAUUUCAGCAAAUUUAAGAACUGGGAGAAAUUAGAGGACUUAUUCGGGGAGAAAAAAGAAACGUUGGUAGCAGUAGUAGCUAUGGUGUACUACGCAUCGUAUAUAGUUAUUGCUUUCCUCAUGUUUAUCUUCUCCGCAAUGUUUACGUGUGGAGCUUAUUCGGUGAACAACUGCCUGGUGUCGUCGUUCUUCCUGUACAGCUUCUUCCAUUUAUUCCUCACGAUAUUCCUGAUCGUGUGGGAGGCCACCUCCGGCGGAUGGAUACAGCUCGGCCUUGUUGUUGGAUCAGAUUUGAUCCUGAUUAUAUGCCUCUUCAGCGUCAAGCAUCUGAUGGAAGCAAUCCGAACGGGCAACAUUUACUGCAGACCGGGAGAAGUGUAUUAUAAGUAUUAAGUAAGAAGUUUUAAACGAUAGACUCAAUUUACCCUCUUCUAUUAUAAUAUUCGAAAACGAAAAUAAUGCGUGCAGCACUUGACAACAACAGGAUUGUAAUGGAAAAAUCUCGAAAUUACUCUUACCUAUUAUCAAUUGCAUACUAUAUAAGUAUUCCGGUGAACCGAUUUAGUUGAAUUUUUUAUCAAUCAUCAUCGCAGAAUUCGCAGACGAAGUCGUAGGCAGAGAAGUAUUAAUUACCUACUUUCUGCAAUAUAAGUCUACUUUGAGUAUUUAUUCUCACCAGUUUUCAAAGUAUGCAUAUGCAGUAUAAUAUGCCGUUCGAAAUUUUAGUAUACCUAUGUGUUACAGAAAUAUUUAUUCAAAGUAUUCGCUUCAUUGAUUAUGUGAACAAAAAGUGUAAUUAGGGAUAUUAGUCUUUUUUUAUUAGGUACAUAAUUAGAUACUAAAUGCGAUUAUACAUUUCUACAAAUUCGUACCUAUUAGUGUAAAUAUUUAUUAUUUUAUAAUAGAUUGUUUUUUUACUCUUUUAUAGUUGUAUUGCAAUAGUCAUGUAAUUAGCAUCGACUAGAUUUUUUCCGUAGUUGUAUAAAGUGAUUGAUUAGCAGGUACUUUUAUACCAAUACCCUUAUAUUGCAUGUGGAUAGUCAUAUUGUUGUAUGAAGUACUGGCUACUUUUUUGGAUUUAGUAAUAGUACCUAAGUAUAUUGCCCUAAACAAUUUAUGGAGUUUAGAAUUUAAAGCGUAGUAAACAUAUUUUUAUAUUAUGAAUCUUGU